AGUGUUGUGCGUUAAUCAUGCAAAGAAUCGCCGCCAGUUUUUCCACAUAGAACAUGUAAAAUAUUUAAUAAUUUUUGUACAAUAUGUAGUUUAGUCCAGUGUUGUUUCUGCCCUUUUACCUACUUCAAUUAUAAAUAGUGUCUUAAUAAAUGAUCUACUUUGCAAAAGAAGUGGUAGGAUCAUUGUUUGUGUAUCAAAACUGUGCACAAUAGAAUGGCAUCCAAAAGAUUUGGAAACUUUCAGCUGAAGCAGCCAUCGUCAUCCUACAAGAAAGCCCGGCUGGACAUCGAUAUAAUUCCCAGUCAACAGUACAUAGAACAGCAGCAGCAGCUUCAUAGAACGGUAAAAACCACGACAACGGUUGCCAAAUCUUCGUCGGCAGAUUCGCUGUGGGGCGACGAAGAUGACGAAUUCAUCAUUCUGGCCUCCCAGGCCGUGGAGGAAGUGGAAAUGUUCCAGCAAACGCAGAUGCAGCAGUCUCAGGCAUCACGAGCGGACGUCACGUUCGGGACUUUCCUCAAGGAAGGGGUGGCUUCGAGUACCCAAACCGUGGCCAACGGGGUAAGGGAACCCAAUUCCAGUGAAUUGAUGCCUCCACCACCAUCGGCAGUACCUGGACCUUCCCGGGUUGAUGCUGUGCCUAUCAGUGUGGUCGAUCUGCUCACCGAUGGCGAUGAUGAUGUUUUCAGUGAGCAGUUUGAUGAGAACUAUGAUAACAUAGAGAAGCACAUUGAUGAGUUCUUUAAUAAUGAAUUCGACGACGACUUCAAUAUGGAUGAAUUCCAGCAGGACAAUAGAAGAAGCGGUUCAAAGACAUCACAGGAACGAUCUCCAAAGCCUUCUCGGGUUAAUGGUGAAACGAAAGCAUCGCCGGUUACGUUCCAACCGAAGAAACCUCAAGCUGCAGUGAUCACCAAAGAGGUUUUCGCAAAUAAGGCGAGGGAAGAUCGAACGAUUCUAACUCAAAAACACCCGCCACAAAUAGACAGAGAGGCAAUUGCAAAUGCCGCCAAGAAAAGAGAUCAUGAGAAAGAUAUGCAGGUCCGAUAUCUCACGGGUCAACUGGAAAGAGCAAGCAAGGAAAAAGAGCAGUUAAAGAAAGAUUACAACGAAGUAACGGAACGGCUUCAGAUCCGUGAUGGAGAAGUAUCUAUACUACGUUACGAAAUGAAGAACAUCAAGGACCAAAAUAAGCAGCUGAGGAUGGAAAAGAUGAAGGAAACAGAAACGCUCAAGAAGGAUUGGGUGGAAAAAAUGAAAGAUUUGGAGAAGGUGAUUGUCGUUCAGAAGUCAGAACUAGAGUUCAAAACCAUGGAAAUAAUAAAUCUGAAAACGAAACGAAUGAGUAACUCAUUCAAACAUGGAUCCACCAAGGAGAAACCAGUCACGGAGAAGGACUUCCGAACGCACACUCGCCGGGUGCAACUUUUUCGUCAAUCAUCAACGGACAACUACCAAAUUAAUCCGAGUAUAUUUGAUUUGUCUGCGGAAACUGUUUCUAAGUUUAACACAAAGAACCAGCUCUCAAUUUUGUCCAGAGAAGAUAUUGUGUUGUCGCAAUUGUUGGGCAGUCUGCAAUCGUACCUUUCGCGGAUGAUGUGCCUGAAGGGAGCUUUCCCGGAGGAAUGCAUUGCUUCGAUAGCCCAAAUAGCGAUUCAGGCUACCGAAGAGAUACGGGCGUACAGUCGGCGAUUGCCGUUGGUACGAUUGAAGGAUGCCCAUCUACGGGCGAAAGUGGCGCAUGACUUCAUAUGCAAAAAUAGCAAGCGCGAUCGACUGGAGGGAUCGGAUGUGAAUAUUUACCAAAAGCAGUCGGUAUUUCUUCACGAGAAAGCGAUCGUGCCCCGGCGACUGUUGGCUGCGUUGGGAUUGCUGUGCCAGUAUGUUCCUUCGUUGGCAGUGAGGCUGGUGCGACGGUCGAGGGGAUCAGAAACCUGCAUCAACGUACUCAGUAAGGCUCUUGAUAAAAUCGGCUACGCAAGCGAUCUCUAUGGCCAUAUGGGGCUCGUUGCAGCGGCGGCAACCUUUCUCAGCGGACUCAGUUGGCACGUGUUGCAGUACAAAGAGCAUGGCCGAGUUUUAAUGGAUCUAUUUAAAUCAAUUGUGUUUUGCCGACCGGAUGCCGCCCUAAUCCUAACCCAUCUGUCGGAAAUUCUUUAUCGGAUAUCAGCCUCCAACGAUUCAAUCGACUUACUAAACAGUUUGUGUCGGCAAAGCAAAGCAUCCGACUUCGCUCCAAACGAAGUAUACAAAAUGCUUCAAUUCACUAAAGAUUCCUGCUCGUUACAAAUCUACGCUGCUCUACUGGAGGCAACUGUUCCGCAACAUCGGGAGCUCACGCAAACCGAAAUUCGCUAUCUUGUAACGAAUACUCGAAACACGAUUUACUUUCUGCGUAAUUCGAUUGCCCGGCCGGUACGAUGGAUUUCGGAUUUUGUGCACCGCCCAGAAGGAGCUGUUCUAGCGCACUGUCAAUGCCACAUUCGAAUCGCAAAUGCCUUUGUGGUGCUUCUCCAUCAGGUGCUGCGCUGUUGGAUGCAGUGUCUCUUAAGUAUCGACUUCGAUACCAUGCUGCAGAUCACCCAGAACGGUGUACUACUGCUGUUCGACUUGUUCGAAACCGUGUACAGAAAAGAGGUUUUACAAGUCGGUCGCCACAUCAUUCAGAGUCGCCUGCAGGCGACCUACAACUGGUUGGUACAGAUGCAAGGCGGCUUCCGGUUCCAGCCAACGCACAAAAACGCUCUUCAACUGCUCGACUUGCGACUAGUAAUGGAAGAGCCGUUGAAAUGCAAUGAGGAUAUAAAGCGGAUGGAUGUUGACGAGGAUGCCACCGACCAGAUCAGUAGUAAGAAAAAUAGACGUUCUAAUGAGAUAGAUGCUAUGUACUCGGACAUGUUUGAGGACUAUUUCAGCAGUAAAGUGAUAAUACAUAAGUGAUACGGA